ACUUGACGAAGUACAAGCCGAAAAUAUAUUGCAUUAUUUUGUUUUGGUAAUAAAUUUACCUAUAGGCUAUAAGUUGUUUUAUAUUUAAAGUAAGACGGAAUUGUUUUUAAUUGUAUGUUAGAUAUCAAUUUUUAUUAAAACAGAAGUUGUGGGCUUAACAUAAUUUCAAGAUGCCGUAUGCCAACCAACCCUCCGUCCACAUAACUGAACUAACUGAUGACAAUGUAAAGUUUGUAGUAGAAGAUACCGAAUUAAGUGUAGCAAACAGCAUGCGACGUGUUUUUAUAGCUGAAACUCCGACAAUGGCGAUCGACUGGGUGCAGUUAGAGGCAAAUUCCACUGUUUUAAGUGACGAAUUCUUAGCUCACCGCAUUGGCCUUAUUCCGCUCAUAUCUGAUGAUGUUGUUGACAAAAUAAGAUACUCAAGAGAUUGUAUGUGUGCCGACUUCUGUACAGAUUGCAGUGUGGAGUUCACAUUAGAUGUUAAAUGUACAGAUGAACAAACACGCCAUGUAACAACUGCUGAUCUCAAGUCUAGCGAUCCUAGAGUAGUGCCUGUAACUUCACGCCAUCGAGACGAGGACCAGGCUGAUUAUGGUGAAAUGGAUGAAAUUUUAAUUAUUAAACUCAGGAAAGGACAGGAAUUAAAGUUGCGGGCUUAUGCCAAGAAAGGUUUUGGAAAGGAACAUGCAAAGUGGAAUCCUACUGCUGGCGUUUGUUUUGAAUAUGAUCCAGACAAUAUUAUGAAGCAUACAUUAUAUCCGAAACCUGAUGAAUGGCCUAAAAGUGAACACACAGAACUUGAUGAAGACCAGUAUGAAGGAGAGUUCAAUUGGGAAGCAAAACCCAAUAAAUUCUACUACAAUGUUGAAUCAUCGGGAGCGCUGAAACCUGAAAAUAUUGUGCUAAUGGGAAUAGUUGUAUUGAAGAAUAAGUUAUUAAAUCUUCAAGUACAGUUAGCACAAGAAGCACAGAAUGAUGCAUUAGCAAUAAAUUAAUAAUAUGAUAAGUUUUAUAAUAAAUACUUUAUAAGUCAGGAUA